AUGGGGCUGCUGGACUCGGAGCCGGGCAGUGUCCUGAACGUGGUGUCCACGGCGCUCAACGACACCAUGGAGUUCUACCGCUGGACCUGGUCCAUCGCAGAUAAACGUGUGGAAAACUGGCCGCUGAUGCAAUCUCCAUGGCCCACGCUGAGUAUAAGCACUCUUUACCUCCUGUUCGUGUGGCUGGGCCCAAAGUGGAUGAAGGACCGAGAGCCUUUCCAGAUGCGCUCGGUGCUCAUUAUUUAUAAUUUUGGAAUGGUUUUGCUUAACCUUUUUAUCUUCAGAGAGUUAUUCAUGGGAUCAUACAAUGCAGGAUACAGCUAUAUUUGCCAGAGUGUGGAUUAUUCUAACAAUGUUAAUGAAGUCAGAAUAGCUGCUGCUUUAUGGUGGUACUUUGUAUCUAAAGGUGUUGAAUAUUUGGACACAGUAUUUUUUAUCCUACGGAAGAAAAACAAUCAAGUUUCUUUCCUUCAUGUGUAUCACCACUGUACGAUGUUUACAUUGUGGUGGAUUGGAAUUAAGUGGGUUGCAGGGGGACAAGCAUUUUUCGGAGCCCAGAUGAAUUCUUUCAUUCAUGUGAUUAUGUACUCGUAUUAUGGGUUGACUGCAUUUGGCCCAUGGAUUCAGAAGUAUCUUUGGUGGAAACGUUACCUGACAAUGUUGCAGCUGGUUCAGUUCCAUGUGACCAUUGGACACACAGCCCUGUCACUGUACACUGAUUGUCCCUUCCCCAAAUGGAUGCACUGGGCUUUAAUUGCCUAUGCAAUCAGCUUCAUAUUUCUCUUCCUUAACUUCUAUAUUCGGACAUACAAUGAGCCUAAGAAAUCAAAAACUGGAAAAACAGCCAUGAAUGGUAUUUCAGCAAAUGGUGUGAGCAAAUCAGAAAAGCAGCUAGUGAUAGAAAAUGGAAAAAAGCAGAAAAAUGGAAAAGCAAAAGGAGAGUAAACUGAACUGGGCCUUAACUGUUGUUGACAGCGAGGAAACUCCUAUGUCUUGUAAAAUUUCAGGGAAAACAGAAGCAGAGGAGGGUUUGGGGGUGGGGAGAAGAGACAAAUGUGCUCUAUGUACUAGUAACCUUUAGGCUGAGUAAAGUGUUAACUAUAAUACCCAGAUGCUUUAUUUAUGACAUUUUUAUUUUAAACAUUUUUUUUAAUUGACCUUGAUGUUGUCAAGACCAAAGCAGUCAUUACGUGACUUUGGAGGCUCUCUCCCUUGAUCACAUCUGCUUGUCUAAUGGAGGAGAUUUUUCAUGUAUCUUAUAUCCUCUCAUUCUGCAGUCUGAAUUUCAGACGAUCAAAGCAUUUAUGAAUUUUUUUUUCUGAUAAAUGACCAAUCAUCUGGUGAUUAAAAUCAGUUCCCUUACAUUUUCUGGAAAAGAAUGAGAAAUAUAGACACAUUUAAAUUUGCACAUUUGGAUUCAUUCGAUGACCAAAAGGGUCAAAUCUCUCCACCUCUAGUCAUAAUAUACCCUUUCAGUUGUAAUUAAAUUUUAAAAACCUGUUGAUCUGUGUAGAAUCUUAGAGGCUUGAUGAUGGUGGUGUUGGUGAAAAUAAGAAAGAAUUACAGUAAAAAUCCUGCCUAGUGACCAAAGGUCACUCUGACGCACGGCACCAAUCACUGUGGCUAACAGUUCCUGUGAUGAGAAGGGAGCCUUCAAUACAGUUGCUAGCAGAAAUCUAUUAUGAAAAUUGAGAUUAUUGUCUGAUGGAAACAUGAUACAGCUCAUGUCUUUCAUAGUAACAUCAUAACAUAGUUACAUUUGUGUGCUGUCAGAAGAGAGUCUGUUGAUUUUUAUCAGGCUUUCCUUGUUUUGAUUUAUGGCUGUUACUGAUUUUCAUUUGUGGAAAUAUACCUACCUCUUCUGUUGGAAAGAACAUUUAAAAUUGAAUAAAUUUUAAUUAAAAAAACAAGGAGUCCUCUAAUGUAAAUUUUAAUACAAACUUUUAAAUCUGAUGUUUCUUCUUCUUUUUUUUUUGCAAAUAUUAUUCACCAGAGAUUUCCAUUAAAGCUGUGCUUCUUUUCAAUGUGUUAAACUU